UUAAAUUGAUAGCGUGAGUGCAGUACAUCUUAAAUUUAUUUUGGUGUUGAAUGAUUUCAUCAAUGGUUGAUGAUCUGGCAACCCUGGAGAAACGUGUCUUCCGCCGUAAUUUUGCGGGAAAAUUGAGCUAAAGAAAGUUAGCGUUCACCGCGAAUGUAAUUGUAGUUCUCUGAGUGACCCAGUGAGUAAUAAAGCGUUAGGAGAGGAGGAGACGCUAUGCGGACAUUAGAGGAGGUUCAGGCCACGAUACAGAUCGCGAAGCUGAAGGAAGAGGAUCUGCUCCCUGUAACACACUGUCUGUCUUUCAGCGACAAUGUGUCCUCCGGAGACUACUGCCUCAUGGAGCUGGACGAUACACUUUGUAAACACAUUGAAGCAGGAAAAAGUCUCACAAUCAGAGGCGAUAAAGAUGAGCACGCAGUUCUGUGCAGUGAAGACAAGACCUAUGACUUGAAAAUGGCGGACACGUCCAAUUUGCUGCUGUUUUUACCAGGAUGUAGGACUCCGGAGCAGCUCUCUGACACCGCGUCAGAAUCUAAACUAAUCCAUGCCCAGAUCUGGGGUUAUGCUAACAGUUACUGGGAGCUGAGACGCCAACGACCAAAGUUAAAGAAACUUAAGAAGCUGCUUAUGGAGAACCCCUAUGAUGGCCCACCGAUCGGUGCGCAGGAAGAGUCUCCAGGGCUCAUCAAGUACACUAUGGAGGACCUUUUGGAGAGAAUCCAAGGAAGCCAAGAGGAAAUCGAGGAUUACCUUCAAGAAAUUCACGCUUGUAAAAUAGAGGGAUAUUGGCGGAUUUUGGAUUUUGAUUACGAGCUGAAGCUCCUGGGUCAUGUGACUCAGCUGGUGGAUUCAGAGUCCUGGUCUUUCAGUAAAGUGCCUCUCAGUGUUUGUCUGGAGGAGUUGGUGCCUUUAGAGCCUAAGGCAAUGAUCGAGCACUGUCUUAACUGUUACGGAAGACGGUAUAACACGGAAGAUGGAGAGGUGAUGUAUGCGCUGGAUGAGGAUAAAGUGUGCAGGGCUAUGGCUCAAAUGUUGCUGCAGAACGCUGUUAAGUUCAACCUGUCCGAGUUUCGGGAAGUGUGGCAGCAGAGCAUCCCGGAGGGCAUGAACACAAGACUGGACCAGCUCAGUGGAUUAGCUCUGGUGGACUCCAGCUCAAGGCCGGAAACUAUCUCGCUGUUGCUAGUAGAGGACUUGCCUGAGGACACAAUGGAACGCUUUAACGCUCUUUUUGCUAUCAGGGAAAAGUGGACACAGCAGGACAUAGAGCCCUACAUACGGGAUCUGUGUGGAGAGAAGCAAACAGCCGGAGCUCUUCUGACCAAACACGCCCGCUCCUCCAUGCAGAACGGAGUAAAGGUCUAUAACUCAAGAAGACCAGUUGCAACAUAACAUGUUAUUUUUCCCUUUGUUGGUGUAAAACUCAAAGCACAUUUUUGUUCCCUCUGUGUUUGUCUUUUUACAUUUAAUGUCUCACCAAAAGUUAAUAAAUAUAUA